GUCAUUAGUAAAAUGUUUUUGGUCAGAUUAUCGCUCAUAAAUCAGAAAAGAGUAUUUCAAAGCUUUGGACAAAGUAUCCUAAAUCAAGCACGUUCUCAAUGCCUUCUACAUAAUCGCAACUUUUCAUCGCUAAUCCGAAAUCCUAAAAAGUUAAUAUUUCAAAAAAAUGCAAUCUCUUCAUCUCCUUCAAUUCGUUUCUACCAAGAAACAAGAUCAAAGACUGGUAAUACAACAGCAGUUCUUUACGUGACCGCUAUUGGCAUAUUCAUGGUCGGCAUGUCCUACGCCGGUGUACCCUUAUAUCGUAUGUUUUGUCAGGCUACUGGAUUGGGUGGUACACCAGCUGUCGGUCACAAUGACACUAAUUUAGAAAAUGUUGCUGUUAAUAGAACGAGGGAUUUCACUAUUAGGUUUAAUGCAGAUACAGCAUCAAGCAUGCAAUGGAGUUUUCAUCCGCAACAAGGAUCUGUUAAAGUUGUUCCUGGAGAGACUGCAUUAGCAUUCUAUACUGCAAAAAAUCCAACUGAUAAGCCUAUUAUUGGUAUAUCAACCUAUAACGUUGUUCCAUUUGAGGCUGGACAAUAUUUCAACAAAAUACAGUGUUUUUGCUUCGAAGAGCAACGCUUAAAUCCUCACGAACAAGUUGACAUGCCUGUUUUCUUUUACAUUGAUCCUGACAUAGUAGAAGAUCCAAAACUUGAAAAUGUUGACUCUAUAAUACUGUCUUACACAUUUUUUGAGGCAAAAGAAGGCCUAAAUUUGCCACUUCCUGGUUAUGCUACAAAUGUUCCAAAUUGAGAAACAUCGUCAAUAGAUUAAUAAAUAUUUUCGUAACUGUGACACCAUUGUUACCGCUUAAAGUGUUUUGCGUAGAUAUGUAUAAAUUAUUUGCCAUAGUAUUAAUAUCAAACGCUACUUUGUAAAUAUAAUUUCAAAGUAAAUAAAAAGUGGUUUCUUUAAAAAAAAUUAUCAAAGGUAUAAGGUAAGUCCUCUGAUAAUUUCGACCUUCAUAAACCUGAUAAAAGAGUGUGUAAACCGAUAUGGGUGUCCUUAUAAUUGUAGUAACAAGGUGACUGAUAAUUUUGUACAAUCGGUUGAGAGGGUCUAGAUUUGUAGGUAAGAGAUUCACAGCACGUUGCAUAAAUGGUAAAAUAUGGUAAGAACUAUGCAGCGAAUUGCGUUAAUUGCACACUAGCAAAUUUAUAGUUCCUUUACUUAACUUUUCAAUUUACUACUUAAAAAAUCAUCGUCUAGACGUGGCUAAGAGGAUAAGUAAUGCACGAAAUUUAUAUUGUUUAUAUAGAUACCAAACAAAAAAUGGUUAAAUAAAUAAGACUGUUUACUAGGGUGGUCUUCAUUGCUGACAA